UAUAUUUUCUUAGGAAAAAAAAAUCUGAGUCGUGUCAUGUGUGAUUAGGUGCGGCUUCUUCCCGUCAGUCGCACCCUCUCUCCGGCGUUCCGCUGCCACUCCACCGUUUGCGCCGCUUAGUUCCAUCGCCAUCCGCCGUGCUCAGGCCAACUGCGCUGCCACUGGUGGCGAUCUUCACAACUCGGUCGCAUCGUCACUGCAAGCUCCCCGGACCUUCCGGCCGUCGUUACUUCUACCGCCAUUGCCUAGUCACUGCCGGGACCACCGCAGAUGAGCGUCUUGUGACGUUUCGAUUCGAGAAGUCUGAGGGGUUUAACGUGCUGUCCAGCAGCGCUUAAGGACGUUUGGCGACUUUUUCUGUUCAGACUUCAGUGCCAUGUCCAUUCCCUGAACGAGGAGUUUUGAUACCUAAGUCGGGGGUUUCUGAUGGAGGCUGUGGAUUGGGAAAGCUCCUCAGGAGGAGCUAGUGGUGAUGAAGACAACUAUGAAGAAGACAUCAACAACGAAGAAGAAUGUCUUUGUGCAUCUGGGUACUUGCGCAAGUUGCAAUUCAGGAAGCAUGCUUCAACAGCUCGAUGGAAUGAUCGGAUGGGAAUGGCAGAAGUUUUAGAGAACAAGGGAAGCCUUUGGACGACAACUGGCAUUGUACGUUGUGGCAAGAUUUAUUGUUCCAUUGAGGAAACUUUAUUUCUUAUUGAAGUAGGGGCCCUGCAUCUUUUGGAUCAUGAUAAUUCAAGUCUUUCUUUGGAAGAUGUAUAUAAGAAAAUAGCUGAAGGAAAAAAUGGGUGUCUUUGGGAGCAGUUUGAAGUUUAUAGGCACCUCAAAUCUCUUGGUUUCAUUGUUGGAAAGCAUAAAGUUCCUUGGUCUCUGAAGAGUGUUAGGGAUGGCAGUAACAUUUCAUCUCCAAGUUCUAUUGAAAACAAAGGAGCAUCAGAUGUCAAAUCAGAAGACGAGAGAUCGAUUUCUGAACUAUUAGAUGGCAUUCAACUCGAGGAAGUAAUGCCUAUUUUUGAUGUUUUUCUUCCACAUAACAAGUUUAGAAAGUCUUCUCCUGGUGACCCAAAUUUUAUGGUCUACUUGACCAGGGGAUAUCCACCUUCAAAGAAAGAUCUUGAAGUUCUUGCGAGAACAUCCAGAGGCAUUCCAAUGAAAUAUUGUCAUGUUGAACAUGGACGUGUCUGCUUCUUUUCAUUUGAUACGGUGGAGCUCCCUAUCUUACCUUGACAUUGUUGUGGAUAGCUCUGCUAUUUAAUUAUUUUAGAUUAGUAUUUGGCAUGUUAUUUGAUUUCUGUUUUAUGUUUUCAGCCGAGUCGGGGGCAGGGGUACUUCUUCCCUUAUAACCUAAGGUUUUCUGUUUUGAGAAAGUUAGAAGUUAGUUCCUAUAGUUUAUAAUUUGAAUUUAGGCCGUACGGAAGGAAUUAUUUAUAUGGAUUUUAUCAGACUAUAGGGACUAUUAUGAAGUUUUAUCAAAGUAUAAAUUUGACUAAUUCAAA